GCAGUGCCUGAAGGCUGGUGUUGCCCCGCUCAUUAAUUUAACCUUGAUUUUCUCUGAGCAAGAUGGUGACACGGGCAAUGGCUGCCUGUGUGUGCUGGUGUGAGGUCAGUGCCUGUCGGGAGCCUCCUCGUGUGGACUAGGAAGGGUCAUAAUCCUGGUGGCAACACUGCGGCCGCCGGAGUCGGGCGAGGACACGAGAGGCUGUGCUACACAUCACCAUCAUGGCCACUUUUCGAGCAGUGGGAGCGUUGUGCCGAUUCACCACACACCGCUUGCCCUUCAGCACAGGUCAGCGAUGGCUAAGCACAACACAAGCAGCGCUGGGCACCCACGUCUCCCUGGGGGUGCGGGACGGGGGGGUGGGGGUGCUGACUCUCCACUCCCCAGGCAAGGUGAAUGUGCUGAACCAGGCAGUGAUGGGUGAGGUGGAGGAGCUGCUGACUCAGGUGGAGCAGGAUGAGGCUAUCAAGGCUGCUGUGCUGAUCUCAGACAAGCCAGGCUGCUUCAUUGCAGGGGCUGAUAUUGCCAUGAUUGAGGCAUGCAAGACCGCAGCGGAAGUGGAGGGCCUGAGUGGUGCGUGUCAGGACAUCCUGCGGCGUGUGGCGAACAGCCCCAAGCCUGUGGUGGCGGCCAUCAUGGGUUCCUGCCUGGGGGGUGGCCUGGAGGUGGCCCUGGCCUGCCACUACCGUCUGGCAGUGUCUGGCAGGGCCAUGCUGGGCCUUCCGGAGGUGCUGCUGGGGCUGCUGCCGGGGGGUGGCGGCACGCAGCGUCUGCCGCGCCUGGUGGGUGUCCCCGCCGCCCUGGACAUGGUGCUGACAGGCCGCUCCAUCCCUGCAGCCCGGGCGGCAAAGAUGGGCCUAGUGGAUGCCCUGGUGACGCCCCUGGGGCCUGGCCUGCAGCAACCCGACGAAGGCACCCUGGCCUACCUCGGGGACACGGCCAUCAAGGUGGCGCAGGGCCUGGCUAAUGGCACGGUGCGGCCAAAGCGUGGCCCCAAGAGCCUGGUUGACAAGGUGACGGCUGCUGCCCUGCAGUACGACUGGCCCAAAGAUCAAGUGUUCAAGCGGGCCAAGGCCACCGUCAUAAAGCAGACUGGUGGCCUGUACCCUGCACCACUCAAGAUUCUGGAGGUGGUGCGUGCUGGCCUGGACAAGGGCAUGAAGCAGGGCGAGGUGGCUGAGAGGCAAGGCUUUGGCCAGCUUGCCAUGACGAGUGAAUCCCGGGGCCUCAUUGGUCUCUUCCACGGCCAAACUGAGUGCAAGAAAAACAGAUAUGGCAAACCAGCAAAACGUGACCAAACCCUGGCCAUUCUGGGAGCCGGUCUGAUGGGGGCCGGCAUCGCUCAAGUAUCGGUUGACAAAGGCUUUCAAACCAUUCUGAAGGACGUGAGCAACGCCGGCCUGGCGCGGGGGAUCAACCAAGUGCAGGGUGGGCUAGACAAGGCUGUGAAGCGAAAGAAGAUCACGAAAUUUGAGGCUGAUAGGUACAUCUCCAGCCUGAUUCCUUCGCUGAAUUAUGCAGACUUGUCGUCAGCGGAUAUGGUGAUUGAGGCCGUGUUUGAGGACCUGGACUUGAAGCACAGGGUUGUGAAGGAGACGGAGGCGGUGAUACCUGAGCACUGCAUUUUUGCCACCAACACCUCGGCACUGCCCAUCACUGACAUUGCCAAGGCCAGCAAGCGUCCCGAGAAUGUGAUUGGCAUGCACUACUUCUCCCCUGUGGACAAGAUGCAGCUGUUAGAGGUCAUCAACACGGACAAGACUUCCAAGGAGACGACAGCGCGGGUUGUGGAUGUGGGGCUGCGGCAGGGCAAGGUGGUGAUAGUGGUGGGAGACGGGCCUGGCUUCUACACUUCCCGUAUCUUGUGUGUAAUGCUGGACCACGCGCUGCUGCUGCUGCAGGAGGGACUGGACCCCAAGCAACUUGACAAGGCCACCAAGGCAUUUGGCUGGCCUGUAGGGGCUGCAACGCUGGUGGAUGAAGUUGGUAUGGAUGUGGCUAAACACGUGGGCCAGCACCUCACCAAGGCUCUGGGGUCAAGGGUCAACGAAGGUGAUGUGAGACUCCUCGACGAACUGGUGCAUGCUGGCUUCCUUGGCCGCAAGUCAGGCAAAGGGGUGUUUGUUUAUGAAGCCGGUGUGAAGGACAGGAAUGUGAAUGAGGGAGCCUUACAGCUGCUCAAAAAAUAUUCUGUGGUGCCCAAGCUUCCCCACGAUGACAAUGAGGUAGUGGCGCUCCGUCUGGCCUCCAAGUUUAUCAAUGAAGCAGUCCUCUGUCUGCAGGAAGGCAUUCUGACAAACCCUCUGGAAGGUGACAUUGGCGCAGUGUUCGGCUUGGGCUUCCCUCCAUUCUCUGGCGGCCCAUUCCGUUUUGUGGACUCGUAUGGUGCAGACAAGCUGGUGGGGCGCAUGAGGGUCUUCCAGGAGGCUUAUGGCCAGCCCUUCGAACCAUGCCAGCUCCUCCUUGACCACGCUGCAGAUCCCACUAAAAAGUUUUUCAAGAAGUAGAGGUGUUUGGGGACUGACUGACUGUGUGUCUGUGUACAGUAGUGAGUGAGGGGUUGUUCAUCUCUCUCUCUCUUUUUCUUUCUUUUAUCACUUCACACUCUCUCCUUGAAUACGGGAUUUCUGUUUCUCUUGCCCUCUCUGUGUGUAAGAUUUGUUUAGCUUUCUUUUUAUUUUUUUUGUCAGUUCUCUCUGUUUACUUUCUUCCUCUUACUUUCUCAUGAGUAAAGGAAUUUUCUCUCUUGUGAUGGACUUCUCUCUAGCUUUUUCUCCUUUCUCUCCUAAACUUACCUUAACUCUCUCUCUCUCUCUCUCUGAGCUAAAUAUGUUUACCUUAGAGAGAGAGAGAGAGAGAGAGAAUCCUUUUGUUAUUAUUUUUUUUUCUCCAUCAUCAUCUUUUCUUCUUCCUUCCAAUAUUAUCAAAUAUUAUCUAAUCUUCCUCCUCCUCAAUUUCUCUCUCUCUCUCUCUCUCUCUCUCUCUCUCUCUCUCUCUCUCUCUCUCUCUCUCUCUCUCUCUCUCUCUCUCUCACAACCACCACUCCCCUCCCAGCAGAACAAUACAUUGCUAUUAUUAACAUACAGAGUUGCAUACUUACUGUGAUUGGAUGCUAAGGCAAGGGGGAUUGGUGGUAGAAGGUGCUAAGAAUUAUGUAGAGGAUGUAUUUUUGUACAGAGAGAGAGAGAGAGAGAGAGAGAGAGAGAGAGAGAGAGAGAGAGAGAGAGAGAGAGAGAGAGAGAGACCUAUGCCAUAUGAACAAAAUUGUAUAGAUGAAGACUUAGAGUAAAAGAGAGAGAGAGAGAGAGAGAGAGAGAGAGAGAGAGAGAGAGAGAGAGAGAGAGAGAGAGAGAGAGAGAGAGAGAGAGAGAGAGAGAGAGAGAGAGAGAGAGAGAGAGA